CUUGGCAUGCGGGGAAAUGAAGGAUAGCGUCAAAUGUCGCUCAAGAUGCGCUGAUCUGCCGUGCGCAAACGUCUGUCGAGACGUUUACUCCGGUGGGGUGGCUCAUACUCCCAAUGCCUUCACAUUGCGACGAGGCUUCGCGAUGGGAGUAUAAUAAUAGGAUGUCUCGUGGAUGGAAAGAUGAUUGAAUGCAUGCAGUCAGCAGUCAAUUGAUUUUGACACGAUACCAUUCAAUCCUUCCAUCAUCGACAUGUCUCUCCUCAAGGCCCUCUCUGCCAUCGCAGCUUUUACAACUGGCCAUGUUAAUGGUCUGACAGUCAGACAGUCCCCGGCUGGAACAGCAACUGUUGAUAUUGCGAACCCCAGUGGCCCGGCCAAAUUCCUGGGUUCCGGCUUCAUCUACGGAUUCCCCGAUAACGGAAGAGAGUUUGACACCUCAAUCCCCGACUCCUUUGUCACGGACAUCAAGUUCCACGCCAGCCGUGCCGGGGGUGCCCAGAUUCUUGCCCCCGGUUGGAUCGGCGGACUCGACGGAUACCAGCAGCGCUUUGACUCGGCCCUCUCAAACUACCGAACCACACGCAAGUACGGAGCCGACUUCAUCCUCUUGCCCCAUGACCUCUGGGGUGCCGACGGUGGCCAGGCGGGAGGCUCGAUCUUCCCUGGUGACAACGGUAACUGGACAGAGACCGAGCUUUUCCUUCACCGUCUUGUCGAUGACAUCAAGUCGAACAACAUGCUGGACGGGCUCGUCUUUGACAUCUGGAAUGAGCCUGAUCUUGACAUCUUCUGGGCUCGAUCGUGGGAUCAGUACCUGGACUACUAUGUUCGGGCUCAUAGGAUCAUAAGGGCCGAACUUCCAGGCACUUUGAUCAGCGGGCCAUCAGCCGCCAACGCCCCAGCUAUCGACUUGGAAAACUGGAAGGCUUGGAUGUCAACCGUGGCAGCCAACAACGCUGUCCCCGACAUCUACUCCUGGCAUCAGAUCGGCGACUGGCAACGUGAACCCGACAGAGUUGUGCCUGACUUCAAGUCUCUCCAGAGCACCUACAACCUACCAGACCGACCAAUUGACUUGAAUGAGUACGCCUGGCCGUCCGAGCAGAACCCAGCCAACGGCGUGUUCUACCUCGCCCAGCUUGAACGCCACAACCUCCGCGGUCUCCGCGCCAACUGGGGUAGUGGCUCCGACUUGCACGACUACAUGGCCGACCUGCUCUUCAAGGACGUCAGCGGAACGUACAAGCCCAACGGGGAAUGGCAUGUGUACAAGUACUACGCUCAGAUGACCGGCGAGCGAGUCGCAACCACCGCCUCGGCUGAUCGGACGUUUGAUGUCUUUGCUACUGUUGAGAAUAACAGCGUCAAGAUCCUCGCGGGAACCAGGACCGUUCAGAAGAAUUACGAGAUCAAGAUUUCUGGACUCAGCAAACUUGGUCUCCCCAGCGACGGUUCUAUCCAAGUCCGCACUCUUCGUUUUGACUGGGCUGGCACCAAGGCUGAGGUUGGAGAGCCAGUCGAUUUAGGUGUUUCCAGCUUUUCGUCCGCUUCCGACAGUCUUACAAUCGUCGUCGAGCCACCUACCAACUCCACAGCGUUCGCGUUUGAGCUCUUCUGAGGUUGGGAGAGGCUCUUACCAGCUGCCUCAAUCAGCAAAUCCAGCCCCCUGAAUGUCAGCAGAGGCAAUGAAAGGAUGGACCUGAACAUAUGUAACCUUCUCUGUAGAUAGAUCGAUCCUAUUUUGCUAGUAUGUAACCAAACUUGCACGAGUACUUUGCAGGAAGCGACUUGCUCUAAGCAUUUACGACAUGAGACUCAGCAAUCUCAAUCACGGCGAGUCCGACGUGUCAAAUUCCAAG